GCCGGCGGGGGGCGGGAGGAGGAGGUGGAGGAGGAGGAGGAGGAGGAAGGCCGGGGCGGGCCCGGCCGCCGGCCGGAGAUGGUGAUCUGCUGCGCCGCCGCCAACUGCUCCAACCGGCAGGGGAAGGCGCACCGGGGCGCCGUCUCCUUCCACAGAUUCCCUCUGAAGGACUCAAAGCGCCUGAUCCAGUGGCUAAAAGCUGUUCAGAGAGACAACUGGACCCCCACCAAGUAUUCCUUCCUCUGCAGCGAGCACUUCACCAAAGACAGCUUCUCAAAGCGGCUGGAAGACCAGCACCGGUUGCUGAAGCCCACUGCCGUCCCUACCAUCUUCCAGCUUGCGGAGAAAAAACGCGACAACCUGGAUUAUGUCAGAAAGAGAAAAAUAGCAAGCCAGGUACCGCUGCAGGAUGGAGAGGACCCAAGGGAAGGAGGCCGUGAGGUAGUUCAGAGGACCUCAUCUUCUGACCAGGACUUUAUGGUAAUGCAAGGGACGAACGAGAUGGAGGAGGCGACUUUGCAAGAGGAUAUCGAGUCGAUGUCCGAGGAGGAAGAGGAUCUCCACAGCCAGCUGGAAGGCCCUCGGAGGAGGACGUUAGGGGAUAAUUUAGUUGCAAAGCCUGGACCUCAGAAAAAGUCUGACAGAUCUUCUGUGGAGGACUGUCCUAAAACCACCUGGACGGGGAGUUGGAUAGCAGACAGGAGUGGCAUAUCGGUGGAUGACUUCACGCCUCCUGCCUCUGGUGCUUGCAAGUUCAUCGGCUCCCUUCAUUCUUACAGCUUUUCCUCCAAGCAUGCCAGAGAGAGGCCAUCUUUCCCAAAAGAGCAGCUAGAAAGGAAAAGGCCAAAGAGGGAUGUGGAACCAAGCUGCAGUAGCAAUCUCAUGGGACAAGAUAAGACUGUCACAGAAGACUCCCCUACUUCAUCCCUCACUGCAACCCCUCAGAAACCUUCCCAGAGUUUGUCGGCAUCCCCAGCAGACCUGACCCCUCAGCCUGCAGCUGAAGCUGUGGUGGGACAGAAGGGGGACACGGAUGCCAACCCAAUGUCGAUCAACGAGGUCAUCAUGUCGGCCUCGGGAGCCUGCAAGCUCAUUGACUCCCUCCACUCGUACUGUUUCUCCUCCAGGCAAAGCAAAAGUCAGGUGUGCUGCUUGCGUGAACAGGUGGAGAAGAAGAACGGAGAGCUGAAACUUCUGAGGCAGAGGAUCAGCCGCUCAGACAGUCAAGUCAGGAAGCUGAAGGAGAAGCUAGAUGAGCUGAAGAGGAUCAGUUUCCCUUACUUGAACAGCCUGCUAUCCCAGGACUGUGAGACUCCCCAGCUGAACCCUGUGAUGGAGCCCCUGUCCUGGAUGCUGGGCACCUGGCUCUCAGACCCCCCGGGGGACGGCACCUUCCCCACGAUGAAGCCGUUCCAGUACCUGGAGGAAGUGCACAUCUCUCACGUGGGGCAGCCCAUGCUCAACUUCUCGUUCAAUGCCUUCCAUCCAGACACCAGGAAACCAAUGCACCGAGAAUGUGGGUUCAUCCGCCUCAAACCUGACACUAAUAAGGUGGCCUUCAUCAGCGCCCAGAACACAGGUCUUGUGGAGGUGGAAGAAGGGGAGGUGAAUGGACAAGAGCUGUCUAUAGCUUCUCACUCCAUAGCCAGGAUCUCCUUUGCCAAGAAGCCCCAUGUAGAGCAGAUUACCAGAAAAUUCAGGCUCAAUUCUGAUGGGAAGCUAGAGCAAACCGUCUCCAUGGCAACCACUACGCAGCCCAUGACCCAACACCUUCACAUCACCUACAAAAAGGUGACGCCGUGAUGCCCAGAGGGCCAGGGGUCUCCGUGCCGAGGGCGAGGAGCUGGACCUCGUGCCCCGAGAGCAGCGGCAGCUCAGGAACGCAGGACAGCAGACCCCAGAGCUGGGCGCCUGCGCUCACCCCCAGGUGAUGCGGAGCUGCCCGUGCUGUUGAGAAUGUUCCUCGGAUGUUCCUGUAAUGGUAUAUAAAAAAAAUAAUAAUAAUAAAAAGCU